AUGGCGUCAGACACUACUGAUAACAACGAAAUUGAUCAUGAUGAUAUUGAAAUUACAAUUGCUAUACUAAAGUCUUUGAAUUUAGUGGAUCAAAUGAGUGGAUCCAUCUCAGAUUUUGAAGACAUUCUCCAAUUUUCUAAGGAGUUGUUUUGUCGAAAUGACAGAAAAUUAGAGGAAAGAUGGCCAAGAAAUUGGCAAGAGACUCAAUCAGUUCUCAAAAACUGUGGAUACAAAGCCCCAAGAGAACUUUAUGUUUGCCUGGACGAGAGCCACUAUGCACAGUGGGAUGUCAUGGAAAAGGCAGACGAAACGUGCAGACAUUGUGGUAAGGCAGGAAAAAUUAAAUAUUAUUACCUGGGUAUCUCUGACAAAGUUGAACUGUGGUGUGCUAACCGUGAUAUGUGUAAGAAAAUGAUGGCCCACUGGAGAGAGAAAGAUCACUGGAUUGAAGGCGAAGGUGCAAACUUUACACUAAAAGAGAUAUGGGAUGGUGAAAGAUUUAAUGAACUCAGUUGGUUCUGGAAACCAGAUUCUGAAUGGAUGCUUCCUGUGAAAUGUAAAUUCUGUACCAACAUAAUUAGUGUCGAUGAAAUGAAGGAGUGUCCCCAAGAAGAUGGAAGGUAUGAAAUCACAUGUCCUGAAUGUGGAACAAGGUGGGAGCAAACACCAUCCUAUGCCACAGGUGACCCCCGCAACAUUGCUCUUAUUGGGCACUGGGACGGAUGGCAACCUUUCGGAUACCCUGGAGCACAUAGUUGUGGUAAUUAUAAUUUCUAUUUAACAAUUUUUAUGUUCUUCCUUUAGCGUUUUCCGGGGGGGGUACUCCUGAAAAUUUUGGAUAGGGGUGUACAUGUGCUGCGAAAGUUCUUGAACCCGGCCUAACCCUAUACCCUUUUACCACCGGCCAAUACUUAUAAAGAGUUGUUCCUAUCAAUUUCUGUCACAUCUACAAUUUAUAAAACUUCUUGGUAAAUGUGGCUACAUCUUUGGGAUACAAAAUUAAUUGAUCCAUUCAUUUAUACCUUUUAGUUAGAGCCCGCUUGAUUGAUUCUAAAAUAUCACUUUAACAGACAUGAGUAUUGAAUGUUUCAAUAUGGUAUUUGCAGGUGCAAUAGAAGUGACCAUUGCAAACAUGGCUAAAGAAACGUGCGUUAAGAAUAGUAAGCAAUUCCACAUACAUUGCCCAUACUGGCCCUAUUUUAAAGGAACUUAAACUCUUAAAAUUUCAUGAUAUCCAUUCGUUUCAAUUAGGUACUUUUAUGUUUUCAUUCAAGAACUCUACACUCCCUUCCAAAUUCAAUAACUUUUUUUUACUGAAUAGUCAAAUCCACAAUUAUAAUACUAGGAAUGCUCAGUCCUUCCGUUUGCCACUGUGCAGAACGAACACCAGGAAGUUUUCAAUUUACUUUCAAGGUCCAAACUUUUAUAAUUCGUUAAAUUCUGACAUAACUAGUUCUCCCUCCUCCGCUUCUUUUAAAAGAAAGCUUAAGGAAUUUCUUCUCUCUAAGUAUUAGCUUCUGUAAGGCAGUAAUUCUUAACUAACUUAGUUAAUAUGUGUGUGCGUGUGUGUGUGUACGUGUGCGCGGUCAAAGUUAAUUACCAUAAGUCCAUAUUGUAAUUCUAAUAUAAGAUUAGUUAUUUUAAGUGAGAAAGCCUGACUUGUUAUAAGCCUCGUGGUUUCUUUCAGGUUUUCUCGCCAUUUAUUUUCUGUCAUCAAUUUUCUUCAUUUUUUUUUUCCAUGUGUAAAUGUCGUAUAUGGCAAAUAAAUAUUGUAUUGUAUAUUGUAUUGUAUUGUAUCUACCAGUAUUCAGUACAGGUAGUCAUUUAUCAUAAUUAUACAUUUAUUUAAUGUACAUGCACAUGUACUGGAAACCAUGCAGACCACUUCUAUUCUAAACUUAAUAAUUUGUUUUAGUUUCAAAAAAACUAGAAAAAAAUAGUCAAGACCAAAUUUCAUUUGAAUAAUUUAAUUAAUUAACCAAAACUUGCAUGCGUGUGCAAUAGCAACUUCUUUAAACAUGCAUUUUUUUUUUCAGGUCUUGAAGUUGACUAUGUUGAGUCAUUUCCUGGUCUUCCGGCAGGAAGGAUCAUCUUGCGCAUCUUGAUUCUGCUAUGGACAGGUGACUAUCCUGCACAACACGAAGUAGGGAAGUUCAUCAAACAUGGUAUAUUACCAUGCCGUAGAGACAAACUAAAAGGUAAAUUAGACACAAUUUAUUCAUGUAUGAUUUACAGUGUAGCACUCUACUGAAAUUAUUCUAACAUUAAUCUGAAUUAGUCUUUUCAGUAGUAAUAAUUAAUGUAAAAGUAAUGAUAUUGUUUAAUUUUUGGCAAAAAUUCUGAUAGGUUAAUAAAAUAUCAUGUUUUUUUUAUGUACACUUGUGUUUAUUGUAUUUUUGUAAAAUAAUGUUUCUAGAAAAUGCUGUGCAUAUAAUUGCAUAUUGCAAAAUAAUUAAAUACCAGCUGGUGAGUAAGAAUGAAUUCAAAGCAAAAUGGUUUAUCAUAUUUCUGAAGAAAAGAUUGGUAAUAUGCUGUCAUUUCUUUAUUCACAUUGGUUUUUGGUCAGUUUCUUGUCUGAAAUAAAAGUCCAUUUUAUUCAAUAGGUACUAUCAAUCCAGAGGGUGGAAGCACAUACUAUUAUGUUAAUAAUCGGUACCACGCCAGAUUUGCAUGGGAGGAGCGAAAGCUGGAAGAAGACUUGAAAACGAUGAAAGAUAUAAAUGAGGAAGACCGCAAAACUGUUUGGGCAGAAAAAAGCGGGAACAGUGGUUAUACUGGAUUAAGCGUCCUUUAUCGACUGCACAAACUUUAUGGAUUUGACAUUUUCAAGGAUCUUGUGUAUGACACUAUGCAUAACCUCCCUUCAAAUGUCAUAGCAGCACAACUCAAAAGCUUCAUCACUAUUGAGAAGAUUGACAGUAAAUUAGUUGACCAACGUCUACGCUUCUUUCCUUGGACUGCAGGUCUGUAAUAAACAAGAAUUUAUUCUUUUGUCAUAAACAUCUUACGUUAUUAAUUUAACAUUAAUUGCAUUAAUACAUAUGCAAACUAAUAAAACGCCUCCGGUUUUUAAGUGUCAGAAGUCCCAGUUUACUUCUCAUCUUCUGGGUGCAUGCGGUUCUGUUUGUUUUGAGUGUGGAGCGCAUUGCUUGAUUUUGAAGUCUUUCCAGACUGUCUGUCAUACCCUUAGAGCAUUCCAUCCACACUGUGCAUCCAUAGUCAAGGAUUGGUAGCACUGUUUGCUUAUAAAUCUUUAGCAGCACAUCUCUGGUUAAGUAACCAGAGAGUCUGUUGAUGAGUCUGUUUAUGAAAAAAUACCAGAUGAAGUUACAAAUUAUAUUACGUCUAGUAACUUAAAACACGGUGUGUCUAGCUACUCAGUAAAUUUUUACUCAGCGUACACUACAUAUAUUAAUUUAUACAACAGAACUGUACAAUUGAUUUUCUGAUUAUUAUAACUGUAGAAUUGAAAGAUGGAAGAAUUCCUAAUGGUUAUGGUUCUUGCCUGGCCUUUUGGAAGGCAGAAGAACUCCACAAAUUUUCCUUUCCAGCCUCUGAAGUAAUAUUUGCUGACCUCUUAGAAGAUAUGGAUUAUCACAUUUGGCAACUUACUGUCAGGAUGACAGAACUUGUCUUCUGUAAACGGGAUGGAUGGGUGCUCGAUGAUGUUCAUCUUUUCUCCAAGUAA